UUGCCCAUUGACGGGCUCGGAAACUUCGAAAUCUCGGCAUAGCAGUGAGAGAGAGUGAUCGAGUUAGUGCGAAAAUGCCGAUCAUGGAGAGGUUGAGGAUGUUCGUGGCGCAGGAGCCGGUUAUUGCUGCCUCCUGCCUCAUCGGCGGUGUCGGUAUCUUCCUGCCUGCUGUUGUGAGGCCUAUUCUGGAUUCCCUCGAGUCAUCCAAGCAAGUUCAACCUCCUGCCUUGACCGACGUUGUUGCGGGUGUCACCGGGAAGAAACAAGGUUGAUCCGGGCAAAUGAUCUCUCCCCUCUUGGAUUAUCCAUCAGCCUUUUGUUUAACUUCAGUUCUCUCUCUAGGAAUGAAAUAAACCAGAGUUGCUUUUUUAUUUUUUUUGUUCUGGAAUGCUACCUGAAAGUGUUCAUUCAUAUCACUCAAACUCUUAACAUUCAAGGGCAUUGACACUUCACUGUCCCUUGUUCUUGUCCCUCUAUUUGUACAUUAUUCUUCUGAGAGCUUAUGUCCUAAGCUAAGAGAAUUUGGAAAGCUGCA